AUGGAGCGCGAGAAACCCGAUAACCCCUUCGAAGCCAUUGGAUUCGGAGACUAUGCCUCAUACUUCAAGAACAAAAAAAUCAAGCUCCAGCUCCAGCAGGAUGAAAUUGCUGCAUUGGUGGAGGACGACUUGCCUCAGAUCUUUGAGGGUGUCAUCGUCUACGUCAAUGGAUACACCGACCCGCCUAUCCAUGGAGGCGAAUUUACCCAAUUCCUGUCCAAGAGCAAGAUAACACAUAUCAUUGCUAGCAACCUGACACAGUCCAAGAUGAAAGAGUUUAGAAACUACAAGGUGGCGAAGCCAGAGUGGGUCACGGAGAGCGUCAAGGCAAACAAGCUCCUUCCUUGGCACAACUUCAGCACGAUCCGCAUACCAGGUUCGCUUACACAGUUUCGAUCAGGAUCGCAAUCGACCAAAUCAAGACCAAUGACCCCAUCGACAUCAGGAAGAAGUUCACACACGGCGAAACCGACGGAAGGAUUGAACCCAUACCAGACGCAGGCAGAACCCAAUGUCGACAUGGUCAAUAACGAUACACAACAUACAUCACGCCAGACGAAUGUACCCAAUGCUUUCGAAGUGUCAUCAGCCGGCAACAUAGUUGCGGAGGACAGUAUCGAAAUUGACGACGCACAGGCCAUGCAUGAUACCCCGGAGGUAGAGAUUGAAGCCGCAUUGCAGGACAUGAAUGGAGAUGACUCCUUUUUCGAGGGACUAGAUCUGGAUCAACUUGAUUACCAGCUUACACCACCAACUCAUGCGCCACCCGCUGAACAACAACCACCAGCUACUGUCACACCUCCAGAAUGGGACUCUUUGCCAUUUACACAAGUCCCUAUCGAUUUCCCAACAGAGUCGCCACCUCAGCCACAACUAUCACAACCAGUGGAUCCUCCACCGAUACCGACACCAGUAUAUAAGCCACUCGCCUUCAACCCUUACACCCGAGCAGGAUUACCAGGCAUGAUGCCAGUUCCAGAAUCGGAUAUCACGAUCAAGACGACGGAAAUCGUGGGAUCACAGGCCGAUAUCGAUCCGCAGGAUAAUCGCCAUCCAACAGUCAUCGAACUCUCAGUGCCCUGGAACCGCCAGAAUUGCUCCAUCCAACCAGGAUUCGUUGAAAAGUUUUACCAGUCUUCUCGUCUGCAUUACUUGUCGACAUGGAAGGCCAAGCUGAGAGACGUUACGACCAAACUCCAAAAGGAUCGACCUCCCAUCGUCACCAAAAGCGUCCACAAGACCAUCAUGCACAUCGAUUUUGAUUGCUUUUUCGCGUCGGUGGCGACGAGGGGAAAGCCAGAGUUGCAAGUCAAGCCGAUCGCCGUUGCUCAUGGAACGGGGGGGUCGACCUCCAACAGUGAGAUCGCGUCCUGCAACUACUUGGCGCGUGAUUUCGGAGUCAAGAACGGGAUGCAGUUGCUCAAGGCAAGGACACUCUGUCCGGAUUUGGUGGUGGUGCCGUACGAGUUUCAGCAGUACGAGGAUAUUUCGAUCGAGUUUUACAAGAUCCUCCUGGGAUAUGCAGAUGAGCUGCAGGCAGUGUCGGUGGACGAGGCCCUUGUUGACAUUAGCUCGAAGUGUCUUCCGACCUGGGGUGCAGGGCCGAAUGGCAGUCAGUUCAGUGUCUCGGGAGCUCAGAACACAGAUCCAUCCCGUAUGAGCCCUGUUGCAUUUGCUCUCAAGGUGCGAGAGGAGAUUUUUCUCGCGACGGGCUGUCAUGCGAGUGUUGGAAUCGGCCCCAACAUCCUUCUAGCGAAAUUGUCGACCAAGAGGGCCAAACCACAUGGACAGUACAUUUGGCCUAGUCCACCAGGUUCGAGUAGGACGCUUGAGGAAUUACAAGGAGCUGUGCCGGAUCUCAUUGAGCAAUCGGAGGAGGACCCAAGCCCACCUGGCUCGGCCAACAUGUCGUACACCCAGUCCUAUGAAGCUCCGCCUAUUGUUCGCAAAUCGGUCAUCCGCAAGGAUCCCGUAGUCAAUGACCUUCCAGGAGUCGGAUACAAGAUCUCGCAAGAACUUCUUGAGCGACUCAAUGUGAGAACACUUCACCAGCUACAACAAGUCGCGAGGGAACAGUUGCAAGUCAUCUGUGGAAUGAAGACUGGUGACCUGCUGUACAACUCCUGUCGUGGUAUCGAUGAGACGACCAUUGCCGCGGAUCGGGACAAAGCACGACAGAGUGUCAGCGCCGAGAUCUCGUGGGGCGUGAGGUUUGAGAAUCACCAGCAGGUUGAUGUAUUCAUGCGCGAUCUGGCUCAGGAAGUGAGCAAGCGUCUCAAGGAGAUUGACCGCAAGGGCAAGUCCAUCAUCAUGAAGAUCAUGAAGAGAAAGGCAUUUGUGAAGGGCCCAUGGAAGCACCUUGGACAUGGACCGGUCGACCAGUUUGCUCGAACAGGGCAGCUACCUUUAUACACGGAUGAUCCAGAUAUAAUCGCCAACGAGGCGCUUCGUCUCCUGAACUACUUCAGGUUCGACGUCUUGGAUCUGCGAGGCCUUGGAAUCCAAGUGCUGAAGUUGAAUAAUGAUGUUGUCAACACGGUGUCGAAAGCGGCGUUCGCUGUUCCGGAGACUAGGAAUCAGACUACGUUGACGUCAGCCAUGUUUCAACAAAAAUCGACUGCAGUCAACCCACGACCACUCGACAACAGUGAACCUCCAACAGUAACUCCCACUCAUGAACCACGAGACCCGCCAGUCGAACGACGAGUUGAGCCAGAGAAACCGAUCAUGGAGAUUGAUAGUGGAAUAUUCAAGGAGUUGCCUAAGGAUAUCCAGGAUGAGCUCUUGCGCGAUCACAAGUUGGUUUUCCGAAAUGAAGGUACAUCGGACGUGAGCGGUGGUAGGCCCGUGGCGAUGGUGGAGGGGGGCACGGUGGUAGAGCAGCAGACAAGCGCGCAGAAACAUGAGCUCACGCCCUGGUCGCAACUGGACCCGCGUGCGUUGAUGGCUUUGUCGACUCCUGUUAUGAGGGAUGCGUUGAAGGAGUAUGCCGAGUUGAAACAGACCACUACGUCUUCGAGGCCUCCGUCGACAACAACUGCGACAGAGUCCUCUGGCUUGGAAUUGGAUAGGUCAGUGCUACAAGCGUUGCCCCCCGAGAUUCGCGCCGAGAUUGAGCAGGAAUAUACCCAUAUCAUGGAGAACCAUGAACUAAUCCGCAAACUGGCUCAAACUGGCGAAAGUGGUGGUGGAGGUGCAAGAACGACAACGAAUGCUCAGGCACAAUUCAAGAAGGCUCCUGCCGCACAACAACCAGAGGAGCCAGAACUGGAUGCCGACUUCCUGGCAGCUCUCCCACAAGACAUUCGGGCAGAAGUCGAGGCGGCCCAUCGGAUCGAGUUGAUCAAAAACCGUCGUCGACAGGAGGCAGAACUUGCUGCUCAGAAGGAUGCCGCCUCUGCUGCUACUCGUCAGGGAUCUGGUGGGGCGGCAGGUCCUGGAUUGAAUGAACGGCAAGGUCUUGUGUUGGAGCGACCGACGCUGAUGGGUAGACGGGAGAUUGGAGAUUUGAGGGUGUUGUUGACGCAGUGGGAUUGGCGUGCACUGUACAAAUAA